GCGGUCUGGUGUAUGCACACACGUGCCCCAGACGACGACGCGAAGUCCGACGACGACGACGUAGCGGACGUGAUUUUCACUGCUUCUGAGCCUGAUUCGCGUCGCGCUUGUCCCCAAUGCGACCGUGCACGGAUGAAGAGUUACGAUCGCUGCUGGAGAAGCUCAUGAAGUUCAUCGGGCGGAACGCCGAGCUGCUCCUGAAAAAUCCGGCCGAGCCCCACUGCUUCCGCGUCCACAAGGACCGCAUCUACUACGUCUCCGAGACGCUCAUGCGCAUGUCGACGAACUUCAAGCGGAGCGACCUCCUGGCGCUCGGCACGUGCUUCGCGCGG